UCGCAUCCAAGUGCAGCUCGGGAAACAUAACCUGGCACUCACAGAAUCGACACAGCAGUUGAUUAGUUCAGCUAAAGUCAUCCGCCACUCUGACUACAGCUCCGCAACACUGGACAAUGACAUUAUGCUCAUCAAGCUUGCCGAACCAGCCCAGCUCAACCGAGCUGUCCAAACAGUUCCUCUGCCUACCGGCUGUGUGGCCACAGGCACCAUGUGCCUAAUCUCUGGCUGGGGCAACACACUCAGCAAUGGCAAUCAGUAUCCAGAUAACUUGCAGUGCCUGAAGGCUCCUGUACUCUCCUCAAGGGAGUGCAGCAAAGCCUACCCUGGGAAAAUUACCAAGAACAUGAUAUGCGUAGGAUUCGUGGAGGGAGGGAAAGACUCCUGCCAGGGGGAUUCCGGCGGCCCCGUAGUCUGCAACGGGCAGCUCCAGGGCAUUGUUUCCUGGGGUAUUGGAUGCGCGCAGAAAGGCUAUCCCGGGGUUUACACUAAGGUUUGCAAUUAUGUCUCCUGGAUCAAAGCAACUAUGUCUGCCAACUGA